UGGAGCGGCGGGCCCGGGGUGAAUCUCGGGACAGCCCAGUCGGGAUCUCGGGCUUGAGGGUGCCGCUGCCGCGGGGCUUCAGGGAGCGCCAAUCCUUUGUCUUGCAUCUCUGCGCUUUGCUCACGCUUUCGUGAAUGGCACAACAAGAAACCCACCAGCCUCCAGAAGCUUUAACUCUUUGCUGUGGAAGAAGCUCAGAGUGACAGCAGGUGCCUCUUAGAAGCAGCCUACAAAAACAGAUAUACCUAAUCGACUCUCGAGGUGUAGAUGAUCAUGGGAGAACAACUGUUAAAGAACAGCAUCCUUGAUCAAUUUAUUAAUAGCCAUGAGCAGUCAUAUGAGGAAUUUCUAAAUACAUUCACAUAUCUUUUGAAAGAGAAAGAAGGAAAGACAGUUCAGGGAAGUAAAGUGGACUCCUUAAGAAAAAAGAGUUUUACUUCUGAAUUACCAAACAGAAAUAAACAGAAUGGCUCCACUGAAAGAAGCAAAGAAAUGUGGGUGUCAUUUCCACCAGAGAUGCCAAAUGAGAAGGAGACAGUGAUGAGUGAGAGCUCAGCAGCUGGUGUCUCUGAUGCAAAUAAUCUCAGUUUGUCUGAAAGAGUGAAGGUGGACAAGUACCUAGACUUGGAAGAUGUAGACACAGAUGAAGAGACAUGCAAUGCAGGAUCAUUAGUUCUUCCAGGAGAGGUGGAAGACACAGUGGCUUGCUGUACACCCCUCUUUGAUAAGCCUAUUCAGCCGAAGUUCAGAGCCUGGUCAGUUCCCCAGCCAUCAGACAGCAAAGCCCAAGAGCUACUGGGUGAUGAUGUUCAACCAUUCUCACUUGAUGAAGAAUUUGAUUAUGACAAUGUGGCACUGACCCCGAAGUUCUCUGAAGCUGAGCUGAAGGCCAUUAUAGAGUUGUCUAAAGAGAAAAUGGGUACAGAUGUCAAAUCAGCACAAGCUGAAGACUGAGUCUGAGGUGUUCUGUGCAGGGCUGUUGGAAUGACCUUUUUAUGGGAGGAAUGUAGCUCCUCGUUGUACCCUUAUUUAGUGUUCUUAUCUGUGUGGCCAGUAAUGGCAUCACUGAGAUUUGUCAUUUAUUCUGUCAAGGUGCCUUGGAUCCUGUACUGGCUCAGGGUAGGUCUGCUGGAGUGAAUUCUCCAUAGGAGCAAAACAAGCUGGUGGAUUUCAGAACAGCAUUGUGGCUGCUCUUGCUUAUAUCUGGUACUCACUUAGUUCCUGAGUAGUACAAAGCUGGUCCUAAAGCUGCCUUCUACCUUGUUCUUUCAGUAAUGCAGUUAAGAGCUUUUUAACAGUAGACAAAAUAGUCCAUGAACUCUUUGAAUGUAUAGAGAUAUAUGAGUGAAUAAAUCUGGGAAUAUGUUUUUUUUUCUCUGUCUUUUGAGUUACUUCAGUUCUGCAAAAAAUAAACAUUCCUGUUUCCAACAAA